AUGAAGGUGAACCAUCUUUUCGUUCUUGUUACCGGCCUCCAAGGCGCAUUUGCCAAGCCCAAACCUGUGUACCAUGAGGUCGAUGUUGCCAUUGUUGGUGGUGGCGCAACUGGUGCUUAUGCGGCGGUCAGGCUGAGGGAAGACUACAAGAAAAGUGUUCUUGUGAUUGAGAAACAAAACCGACUUGGUGGACAUGUUCAUUCUUAUAAGCCAAGCGACAGCGACAGGCCCAUCAACUACGGUGUCCAGGCGUACCUCAACCGAAAAACAACUGCAGCCUUCUUCAAGCGAUUCAACGUCGGCCUGAUUGACCCAGAUAUCGUUAGCUCUGCCGAUCUUCUGUUUGCAACCAAGAACAUCGAUUUUGCAACCGGCAAGGACGUAGAUGUGGACUACGGAGUCAUCAACGCGACUGUCAGCCUAGCCGAAUAUGUUGCAUUGGCAAUCAAAUAUCAGCCUUGGUUUGAGAAUGGCUAUUUCCAGAAAGGAGAGGUCCCCGAUGAUCUUCUCCUUCCUUUCGGCGAGUUUCUGAACAAAUACCAGAUUGGCAGCUCCCUAGCAAUCCUCCGCACUCUGAUUUGGCUGUCGGAUGCUUACAACACACCAACAUGGUUCGUCCUAGCUGUGGUUGGACAGCCCCAACUCGCCGCGUUUGGAUUCGGUCUCACCGGUCCAUCGUUCAAGUGGCCCGAGACCUACUCGUCUGAGACUCUGUUCGACCGCGUUUUGGAUUUGAUCAAAGACGACGUUCUUCUUGAGAGCACCGUCGCCUCGAGUCGUCGUACCGCAAAGGGCAUUGAACUCGUCGUGAAAACCCCUUCCGGGGAACAGCAUGUCAAAGCCAAGAAGCUCUUAUUCGCAGCAACCCCAUCUCCAGAUAACGUUGGAACUUGGGAUCUCGAUAAGAAGGAGAAGUCUCUUUUCUCCAAGUUCUCCUGGGAGACACUCUACGUCGCUGUCGUUGGCAAAACAGACCUCCCCUCCGACGUCGUUGGCAUUCGCAACGCACCAGACAACGCAACAAACUACUACCUUCCUGGUGGAGAUUUUGUCGAUGCUUACACUCGCGCCGGUAAGAAGGAUUUGUGGACAACCCGUGUCAUCGGCCGUGCCAAUCUCACCGCCAAGAAGGCUCGGUCCAUGAUGAAGCAAGUCUUCGGCAAGAUUGAUGAGGCAGGCACUUACGACGUCAGCGAGCCGAAUAUCCUUGCUUUUGCUUCACACGGAUUGACUGUACCGAAGGUGUCUCCCAAGGAUCUCCAAGCUGGCUUCUACCAGAAGCUGUAUGCGCUCCAGGGUCAGCGCAACACAUUCUGGACUGGACUUACUUGGGCUCCUGACUAUACUCCUAUUCUUUGGGAUUUUACCGAGAAGCUAUUCCCUCAAAUUCUCGCCGGUAUUUGA